CCCUCUAUCCAGACACAACACUCCUCUAUCCAGACACAACACCCCCCUAUCCAGACACAACACCCCUCUAUCCAGACACAACACUCCUCUAUCCAGACACAACACCUCUAGCCCUGACAGCACCAUGCAGGAAUGCCACACAGCUCUGUGUCUGUCAGUCUACCUGGUCACCUUCCUGUCUGGCUUCCCGGCCAACGCCCUGGCCUUCUUCACCUUCAGCCGGAAGGUGAGGCAGAGAGCCACGCCCAUCGACAUCCUCCUUCUCAACCUCACCAUCUCCGACCUCCUCUUCCUCCUCUUCUUGCCCUUCAAGAUGCAGGAAGUGUCCAACAACAUGACUUGGAGCCUGCCCUACUUCCUGUGUCCCCUGUCGGGCUUCGUGUUCUACAUGACCAUCUACAGCAGCAUCUUCUUCCUGACGGCGGUGAGCGUGGAGCGCUACCUGGGCGUGGCCUUCCCCAUCAAACACUCCCUGUGGCGCCGGCCGCGCUACGCCGUGGCUGCCAGCGUCUUCUUCUGGCUCUUCUGCUUCAUGCAGCUCAGCAUCGUCUUCAUCAUGCCCUACUACAACCCCACGGGCCACCAGCACCACCUCGCCGCCUCCAACGCCACUUCCGAACCCCACAGCGCCCAGCUGCACAGGAACGUGUGCUACGAGGGCUUUACCCCCGCGCAGCUCGACAUCCUGCUUCCUGUCCGCCUGGAGCUGUGCCUGGUGCUCUUCUGCAUCCCGCUGAUCAUUUGCAGCUUCUGCUACAUCAACUUCAUCCGCAUCCUGUCCCGGCUGCCCCACAUUGGCCGGCGGCGGCGCCUCCGGGCCAUCGGCCUGGCGCUGGGAACCCUCCUGGUGUUCCUCUUCUGCUUUGGCCCCUACAACGUGUCCCACGUGGUGGGGUUCAUCACCAAGCAGAGCCCGGACUGGAGGGACAUGGCCCUGCUGCUCAGCACCUUCAACGCCUGCCUGGACCCCUUCAUCUUCUACCUGUCGUCCUCGGCCGUGCGUGGCACUCUGGGCAGCGUGACCCAGGCCUUCACCUGCCGCGUCCGCAGGUGUCUGUCCUCGCACGUGUGCAGGGCCUGUCUGAGAGGCUCCAGCCCCACCAAAGGAGGAGGGGGACACAAGCAAAGGGAGGUCAAUGCUCUCUGAACCGUGACGCCUAAGGGCCGACAUGUUGUUUUUGGCGUGUGGAGACAGGAUAUGACUGCUGUUUAUGUUUUGGCAGAGCGUUCGUUCCCCGUGUGUCUCUGUUUGAUCAGCAAACAUCCUCCUUGGAUUAGAGGCGGCCCGUGGAGGGAUACGCUCCUGUAAGACGCAUCACGACGAGGACCGACGGCUUCCUGGAAUCACGGGGCGUUAUCGUCUCUGAAUAGGUAUUGUGUGCAAACACCUGCUGUGACUGAUCAGCAUACAAAUGUGGAUGUUUGUCGUUUACCCAAAAAGACAAACACACACAGGGACUGAUUGAUGUUGUGGAGUGAGCGCUGCUUUGAUGAGUUUGAGGAGGGAAGCGGACCUGACAUUUAGGACAUAUCCUCUAAGGUCUCUGCUCUGGUUGAUACCCUUCUCAAAUAAGCAUGACAAUAGUAUCAAAUAUGGGUUAAAUGUCCCUCAUAUCCCCUGCUGUACCUAAGAGCCAGCUCUAUUUGAGCACUCAGAAGGGCUGUGCAUGUGUAGGUGAUUAUGGACUGUUCAAAAGCCAGAGUGGUAUAAAGAACAUGUAAAUAAUGUUUGCUUAAUGAAAUGAGUAUGGAUCCAUAGCGCCGCUGGUGAAAUGAAGGCUGCAUAUUUCCUGUCUUUCUUAAACCUCAUGGAGAUAUUUAUGACCCUUUACCAAAGUCAGCAGCAUUGCCAAAUUACAGUAUAAAGAAAGAAGUGCAAUAAAUUAAAAGGGUGAAAUGAAACGCCUGACAUGUUUACCUAGUAAUAAUGAAGCCACUCAGUCACUGAACAGUGAUGUGUUGAGAUCGUGAACCUUGUGACCCUGUAGCCAAUAUUGAGACUAGAAUGUUGUGUUUGAUUACAACAGAUAAUGUGCAUUUGGAGUUUACAAAGCCGGCAUACCUAGAACUGGUGCAGAAAAAACACACUACCACACACACACACACUACCACAUGCACACACACACACAUACUGUCACCCACCCACACACACUCACCAACACCCCACACACACUCACCAACUUGUUGCAUCAUCAUUAAAGAGAUGUUACAGCAGAUGCAACAAGAGGGGACUGCAGAAAGAUCGGUUCUCCAGAGAGAAUAAUGACAUCAGAUACAAAUUAAUUAAUUAUUUACUGCAUCUUCAUUUGUGAGAAGGUACUGUAUAUAGUGUAAAUUGAUCUUAUGUUUUUAUACAACUGUUGGUCAAAUAAACAUUA